AUGGAUCAUUCAACGAUGUUCACUUUGUCGAACUGGCUACGUUCGAAGAAGAAGAUGUUCCAGAGUCGAAUGGUAACUGGUGUGUUGAUCAUGAUCAACUUUGGAAACUCAAUUAUUCUUUCACUAGAAGCGUUCGGACCAGAUUCUGUGAUUUCGUUCACGAUUUUCGUUCUGAACACCAUGAUCGUCGCGCUGGCUAUGUACGGGAUUUUCGCCUUCAAGCCGAUCUUCCUCACGCCCAAUGUCAUUGCCAAAGUUUCACUUUCGUCAGCUGCACUUUUCCACGGACUACAGGAAGCCGAGUCAAACGACUCCGCGUCUGUGUUCCACUUCCUCUGGCUGCUAAUCUCUGUCUGUCUUUUCAUUUGGGAGAUCCACGCAAUGUUUAGCGCAACCUUCGGAGUGAUGAAGGAGAUGAAGUUACGAGCUUAUAGUAAACCGCCACCGAGUUAUAAUCAGGUGAUCGCCGAUGAAGCCCCACCUCCAUCCUACGCCCAAGCUAUUGAACGAUUAAAUACGCCGGUUGUCCUAAACGUGACAACCUUGGAGAGUCAGACAAAAGCACUCCAGGCCUCGAAUCCUGAAGCCUCGUCCGCUCAAAUGGUUUGA